AUGUCGGAUCAUUUCCUCGUAAGAGCAAAAAUAAAUAUCAGAAUAUCAACAGAGUGGCGAAAAACACAGAAUUAUAAAGAGAAAAUAGAUAGAAAUGCGCUGAAAACAUCAACAGCUAAAUUAUAUCAAGAAAAGUUAAUGUUGAAAUUACAGAAUAUACAAGAAAGACCAAAUAUAAGUGAAACAUGGAAAGAAGUAGAACAAACAGUAAAAACCAUAGCUGAAGAAGUAUUUGGGUACAUACCAGAAAAACAAGGAAAAUGUUGUUCAAUGAAGAAUGUAAAAGAGCUUUACAUUAAAAAGAUAGAGCCCGCAUGA